CUAUUCAUCUACAUCCCUAAAUUAUGCUAGCAAUUGCCAAGGUGGGUUCCAUUUUAUAUUUCAAAGGAAACACUUAUUAUACAUUGAAAGUUGGGGAUGGAGCAUGGAUUACGAAACCGUACCGGACAUCAAACCGGAAUCGUAUUUGGCAUGGUAAAUCGUGGUACAACCAUGGUUCAACCGUUUCCUACCGGUAAAUACCGUUUUUGAAAUAAAAAAAAUUAUUUUUUUGUUAAAAAACCGUACCGGCAAAAUUAGGGUACCAUACCGGGAAAAUACCGGAAUAAAACCGGAUUAUACCGCCUCCCAACUUAGGUAACCAGAGCGUGAAGCGAGAGCGGGAGCGGGAGCAAGAGGGAGAGCGUCAGAGCGCCAAUCUAUUAAGAAUUCAAAUUUGAGAGCGUGAACAAAACGUCAAUAUUUUAUUAUUCUUAAUUAUUAUUAUAUAAAUAUAAUUUAAGGAAAUACUAUUUUGGUAUUUUACUAUUUUCUAAAUCCUCAAUUCCUUACCCAUCUUUGACAAAAAAAAAAAGGGUAAAUACAAUUUAAUAUCCAAACAUUUUAUUUUAACCAAUAUAAUAGCCAAACCUUUUCGAAAACAAUCUAAUAUCCAAAUCGUCAACUUUCUGUCUGUUUGACCAUUAGUUGACACUUCAAAAAAGUUUGAAGUACGACACUUCAUCAAUAUCCAUCGAUAUCUUCUCCGAAAAACACCCAACAUAUCGUAGUUCCAAACCCGAGAAGUCCAUGACUCCACCAUGAUGGUAUAGAAUAUCUAAAUAUUCAGUCAUCUGCAAUGCUAAAACAAAAAACAAAGUUGUAUUGUGACAAUUUCACCUAAACAAAGCUUUUUUGAAGUGUAAACUAACGGUCAAACGAACGUAAGUUUACACUAUUUGGAUAUUUGAUUGUUUUUGAAAAGGUUUGGUUAUUAUAUUGUUUAAAAUGAAAGGUUUGGAUAUUAAAUUGUAUUUACCCAAAAAAAAUCACCAUUACUUAUGCGUUUCUUUCUUCUCUAGUCUGUGACAGCUGUCUACCUUCCAUUCUAUUCCAAUCGAGUUUUUUUUUUUUUUUUUUACUUUCCCUUCUUCACUUUUCCUUUAUGUUUCACUCUCCUUUGCACUUCGUAUUCCUUCCCCACCAACUAUUCCAGAGCUUUCUUCAAUGGUGGAUUUGCCCAACUCAACAAAAAUCACCCUCUCUUCAUUAAUUAAGCUGAGAAUCCAGCAUCCCUGCUCACCUCCUCCGUCCUCACGGUUCCAAUUUCAAUUUAUGGCGUCGCUCAACGAUAUGAUUUUGGCGGAGAUGGAAGGGAAUAAUGGCAGGAGGCGGAGAAGGGAUUGCAUUUGAUUUGAGAUGGCAACACAGCCGCCAACGGGGACGAAAUUCAAAGCGUCCUUGAACCACUGGCCGACUUGCUGGUAGCGCCACCGCGGCAGAGGCGGUCUUCCUCGACCAUCGUGUGCACGAGAUCAUCGUCGUUUGUGACGGAGAUUAUGGCGUCGAGAUCUUCUUCAUCUUCUCACCUCCUCUCCUCUGUGAUUUCUCCAUAGGCCUGUCUAUGGGAGCGACCAGCGAGGCUUCAAGAAGAAUCGGCUGACGGUCAACGGUCGGAAAAGACGAAUGACGAACAACAGGGGAGAAGGAAUUGAAGAACCGCCGGCUGAAUCAAAACCGGCCGGUAUUUCGCGAAAGGUCGGUUCAAUGGAAAAUACCGGCCGACACUCUUAUUUCUCGGAAUAUCAGCUACCGUAUCGGGACUUGCCCGGUUUCCGGUUUUCCCGGUUCUACCGGCCGGUGCGGCACGGUAAAGCAGUCCUUGGGAUGGAGAUAGAAGAAGGUGUUGUUGGUAUACAGUAUAAGGUCUUGAAGGUUAUGGUAUAAGGGAGGAGCAAGGUGUUGAUGGUUUAAAGUAUAUAUGUUAUUGAUUGGUUACGGUAUAAGCCUAUAAGGUGUUGUUAUUGUUGUAGAGUAUAUGGUAUUGAUUGGUUCGUGUAUUAGGGUUUGGUUUAGGGUUUAGGGUUUAGGGUUUAGGGUUAUGAUUCAAGCUAGAAUAACAUAAACCAGAUCAAUAGAGUAAUGUUGGUAAACGAAAAAGUUGGUUAAUCUACAAAUUCAGACUAUUUAUAAAAGCACAUCCCCAUUUCCCACCGUCAAUUCCUAAACUUUUCCCUUAAUCCGAUGGUGAAAUACCUUCGAUCCUUGUCGCGUGCGUGUCACCCAAUCAGAUAUUGCCGAAUUCGGAAAGUCGCUUUUGCCCAUAACCAAUGCUGGCGUUACCAAGGCCGAGGCAGUGGUAGGGAGUGUAAUUUUCAGUAAAUGUGAAGGGAGGGAAAGUAAAAGUAAUUACGAGUCAAUCUUUAAAUUCGUUAAUGAGUGAAGGAGAGACCGUGCUCCGAAACCCGAGUGGCACUCAUCUCCUGCUGUUGUUCGUUCCUCCUCCUCUCAAUCCCUGAAAAGAACCCUUUCUUCCAUCUUCUCAAUAUGAAACUCCGAAAAUCAACCCCAUCCGCCUCUUCGUCCUCCUAUCCCAUGCUUUAUUUUCGGGUGCAGUGGUACAACUAAAUCCUUCGUUGUAUUGUUUCUCCUUUGCUCUCCAUGCAGGGUCUUUGUUAGAGGCAGGGAGGGGAGCAAUGACAAUAAGUCGCCGUCUGAAUAUCGCCAAAAGAAUCAUCACAUGUUGUUACGAUUCCAUAAUAGGUGUUGUGGAACCCUACUUCAUGUGGUGGUUCUUUUGUGCGACAUUGACGCGUACUUGUUGAUCAUGCUCCCAAAAUCAACCCCAUCCGCCUCUUCGUCCUCCUAUCCCAUGCUUUAUUUUCGGGUGCAGUGGUAAUGAUGAGACUGCGUAUUAUUUUAGAUCUCAUUUCCUUUCAUUAUGUCAUUGUUAGAUCAUGACUGUUAAACUAAAUCCUUCGUUGUAUUGUUUCUCCUUUUCUCUCCAUGCAGGGUCUUUGUUAGAGGCAGGGAGGGGAGCAAUGACAAUAAGUAGCCGUCUGAAUAUCGCCGAAAGAAUCAUCACAUGUUGUUACGAUUCCAUAAUAGGUGUUGUGGAACCCUACUUCAUGUGGUGAUUCUUUUGGGCGACAUUGACGCGUACUUGUUGAUCAUGCUCCCAAAAUGUAUACAAGAUGGGAAAGUUGCCAUAUGUAUAAUAGGAUAAAAUAGGGAGGGAAAGUACAGCUUUUUGUUUUUGUUGGACUAUAUGUAACAUUUGUUUAUAUUUGUAUACUGUUUUGUUAUUUUUUCUUCUGCUUCUCUCUUCGCUUCCAUGGCGGCUUCCAAAAGUGUUUGAGAUCUUCUAAAUCUGCGAGGGAUCCUCCACUCCCAAUAAAAAUACUGUACUUUGUACUAUUAGCGUUUGAGAUCUUAUAAAUCUGCAGGGGAUCCUACACUCCCAAUAAAAAUAUUGUACUUUGUACUAUUAGCGUUUGAGAUCUUCUAAAUCUGCAGGGGAUCCUACACUCCCAAUAAAAAUAGUGUACUUUAUUUGUUGACUACUGACUCCAUUUUUAGAAGUCUUUACGAUUGGGCCAACCGGAUUUUUUGCCGGAUUUCGAACUCUGCUCCUCUGUCGCCACAUGCUCUACCCAUUUAAUGAGUGCUCAAAAUUAGUGCAAAAAAUACGAUAUAAUAAUUGAAUAAAAAAAACUAGAGUGCUUAAAAAUUGCCUUCAACUGACCAUUAAUGAGUACAUAAAUUAAACGACACCGCAAGAGCCAACAGUCUUCUUAUAUACCAAACGACUCGGCAUAGGAGGACUUCCAGUUUCAGUUCAAGUUUCCAACACCGAGCAAAUAUAUGGUCCCAAUUGCCACUUCAGCAACUUUAACUAUACAUCAAUUGUGACCGUGGGUCCUACUUAAUUUUCAAUGCAAUUCAAUAUUAAUUGGUGAGUGUGUUAUAUUAAUUUGAGUUUUCUCUCAAGUUGUUUUUUGUUGUUGUGUUAUUCGAAUUAUGUAAAGUAUUAUGAUUGGAAUUGUAUAUAUGUGUGUGCUGCAUGAAAAUUUGCAACUGCAUGAGAAAACAUUCAUCAUAUGCAAAUUUGCAACUUUUGUAAUUGAUCCCACAUCAAUGCAACUCACCAUCCCACUUUCACUCCCUUGCCACAUCAGGUUGCAAUUCUCAAGAAUUGCACCAUUGGAGAUGGUCUAAAUAAGCAAGGUGUUGAUGGUUUAGAGUAUAUAUGUAUUGAUUGGUUAGGGUAUAAGCCUAUAAGACCAUCCACAAUGGUGGUUAGGGUAUAAGCCUAUAAGCCUAGUUAAGGUGUUGGUAUUGUUGUAGAGUAUAUGGUAUUGAUUGGUUCGUGUAUUAGGGUUUGGUUUAGGGUUUAGGGUUAUGAUUCAAGUUAGAAUAACAUAAACCAGAUCAAUAGAGUAAUGUUGGUAAACGAAAAAGUUGGUUAAUCUAAAAAUAAGCAAUGGGAUGGAUU